AUGCUCCUUUGCUCCCCCUUUACUUCGGAAAACACCAUCCGUUCAAGCGCCUAUCGAAGCGUCGAAGCCUGGGCGCGACGCGACCGCUCGCUUCACGGAUCACUCGAUGAUGAAGACCUGCUGGUGUUCGGAUACACGUCACGAAUCUACCCUGCUGACGAGCGUUCGGACUUUAUUGCCGAGGAGCGACAUCUGAUCACUUCGCCAAACGAUCCGUCAUUACGCAUCGAUAGGUGUAUAUUUCUUUUUGGCUUUUUUCCGUCUUUUCCUUCACAACGUCGCCGAUUAGUGUAA